UUCAGUGGGGAGAAGUGCUACACCAUGUGUCGUGUGCUUUUUGUCUGCAGACUGUGAUGAAGUGAAUAUACACAGCACGUGAUUUUCUGUGGUUAUGGAGAAACCAUAUAAGAAGUGGUGAUGAGGCUUCUAGUUAAAGCUACCAGCUGUACUACACAGACAAAACCAGAGCAGUGACUUAGAGUUUCCACUCUACAACUCACUCACACAGAAUGGAUUAUACAGAGGAAGUCUUUACAACUGUAUUCACCACAGAAAAUUACUUUGGAACUGAGCCCACCUCUGGCUACACAGAUGACUACGAUAGCGGCUUCACUGAAAACCCAGGCAUGUGUGACAGGAGCUGGGUCAGGGAGUUCCGCGGCCAGUACGAACCACCUCUCUUCUGGAUCAUCUUCCUCCUGGGUGCUCUGGGGAACCUGCUGGUGGUCUGGAUCUACACCACUGUCCGCAACCGCCUGAAGACGAUGACUGACGUGUACCUGCUCAACCUGGCCGUGGCCGACCUCCUGUUUCUGUGCACGCUGCCCUUUUGGGCCGUCGACGCAAUCAAGGGCUGGGACUUUGGUGUCAGUCUCUGCAAAAUGGUGUCAGCUGUUUACAAAAUCAACUUCUUCAGCAGCAUGUUCUUACUCACCUGUAUCAGCGUGGACCGCUACAUUGCUAUCGUGCAGGUUACCAAAGCCCAGAAUUUUAAGAAGAAGAGACUGUUCUACAGCAAACUUGCCUGUGUGGGUGUGUGGUCUGUCUCCACUCUCCUGGCCCUACCUGAGUUUAUCUUUGCCCAAGUGAAGACGUACCCUAAUAACCAGUCCUGUACUCUCGUCUACUGGAACAAUGCAAACAACCAGACUAAGAUCCUGGUGCUGUCCCUGCAGAUCUGCAUGGGCUUCUGCCUUCCUCUGCUGAUCAUGUUCUUCUGUUACUCCAUCAUCAUUCGUACACUUCUGCAGGCCAAAAGCUUUGAAAAGCACAAGGCCCUGCGAGUCAUCUUUGCUGUGGUCUUCGUUUUUGUUCUUUCUCAGUUGCCUCACAAUAGUCUGCUGAUAAUGGAAGCAACACAGGCUUCCAACACGACCAUCACCGACUGCGACACUGUGAAAGGUUUUGAUGUAGCCGGACAGGUAGCCAAGAGCCUGGCAUACACUCACGCCUGCCUGAACCCAUUCCUGUAUGUCUUUAUCGGAGUUCGGUUCAGACAAGACCUCGUGAGGAUUUUGAAAAUGUGCGCCGUUGGUCUUGGCAAAGGAGGGCUCAGUUCCAAACAGUUUACAAGCAGCAGUUUACAAGCAGUUCCCAAACGUCCCUCUGUCAUGUCAGACACAGAUACUACUCCUGCCCUGUCCAUAUAAACACAGAUUUUCCUAAAAUCAUCAACCUGAGACCUGAACCAACAAUACAUUUCAUAUUACAUUACAUAUUUUUCACAAUUUUUCCUCUGGCAUUACUUAUUGCUCACAGAUCGAGGACAAAUGUCCAACUUUAAAGCAAAAACCGUCUUUGUUUACAUGCAUUAUAUUCAUGUUCUGACAAUACAUGCAGGUAUAAUAUCAUUUGGAGUCACUGUACAAACUGUAUAUUCAUGUAAAUAGCGUUUUUUUUCUUACUGUUUGUAUGUAUUCUCUGGUUUGCUGCUGUGAUUGAUUUAGAAUAACUGUAUUUUUCAGUUUUAUAUGUAAAAAAAAAAAAGCUUAUUAAAAAUGAUUAAAAUUU